AUGGCCAACCCUCGCAACCUUAGCAGCCUCCAGGCCAAAGUAUGGAACGGCUCCAUCCCGCUGGAGAUACGCCUGGCAAGUUCAGAUUGCCGAAACUACGAUGAGUCUGACCCGUAUCUGGUCAUGUGCCCACGCCUGUCUUAUAUUCCCCUCCUAUUGCCACGGCUUCACGCAUUCUUCUCUCCUUUUCUCAUUGACCCUGACGUGGCACCUUCGAAAGGCUGGCUUUCCUUCGAAGACGUCCCAUUGAAGUGGCAUUACCCUGUCGGGCUACUCUUCGACCUCUAUUCAGGGAUUGAUCCAGCAACUGCCCCAGACCCAAAUGAACCUAAUCCAGAACCUCAGCCGAGUCUAUCUCCAAGAGACUUGGAGGCCGAGUCCGCUGUUUUACCAUGGAGGCUGACGAUUCGCUAUACUGAGUGGCCUAGCAAGCAAUUGAUCAAGCUCGACGACAAUGGCAAAGUCAUGCACGACGCCUUCAUCAACAGCGUGAAAGAGGCCGACUUCCUCCGCAACGGCACAGCCAAAGUCGUCAUGUCCCUCAGCAAAGACGACUCGACCCAGCUCUGGACCUCAGUCCAAAAGAUGAAUCUCGAGGGAUUCAACGCCAUCAACCAGAAACUCCUCAACCCACGAGGGAGUAACCUCCGCCACAUUCCGAUCAAGCUCUAUCUCCCGCAUGCCGCGCCGGACAGCGAAGAAGGUGCGCCGGCGCCUGGAACCGUACGAGUAGUACAAGCAAUCGUCAAGCCACUGAUAUCGAAUCGUCAGGCUCAAACCCUCGGAACGGCUCUCAAGUCCAUCCUGCCGACCCUGUUUCAGAGUACGCGUAGACCGAUGUUGGCGCAGCCAGUCCUACACGGGGCUGCGGUGCCACUGAGCGCGAAUGUGCACGACCUACUCCGAGCUGCAGCAUACGCUGAUGGAUGGCUGCACGUGGUGGGAGAGAUCGACCUAGUCCACUACAUCGAUUAUCUUUAG